AUGACUGUGACCACUUCCGCCAUGGAAAAGCAGGAGAAAUUUCUCGCUUCACCUUUCUUUGCCGUUGUCGGGGUAUCCAAUGAUGAAUCAAAAUGGGCGAGCAAGGUGCUUAAAUGGUAUAAAGACCGCCAUCUCCCGGUCACCCCUGUCCACGCUCGCGAAAAGGAGAUACAGGGGAUGAGGACAGUCCGCUCGAUCUCCGACCUACCAAACCCAUCCCAAACGUCCAUCAGUAUAAUCACGGCGCCCUAUGUCACUUUGAGCAUCUUAAAGCAAGCCAAAGGUCUCAAUGUUCCCGCUAUUUGGCUACAGCCCGGCUCGGAGGAUGAACUAGUUAUCAAGUACAUCACUGAAAACAGUUUAUCGGAUCGUGUGCUUUAUGGCGGGCCAUGUAUCUUGAAAGAAGGGCCGCGCAUUGUUAACCAACAGCUAUUCGAGGAGACGUAUAAACAUUGGGCUAUGUGA